UAUGAGAAAAUAAAGUUAACAGUGAAUCAUCAAAGCUGCAGACGAAUUUCAUCUAAAAGUGACAUAAAUAUCGUAUUUUCUCCAUGUUUGCGGGUAUUUCGAACGCAGGAAUGAACCCUGCUCCCAUGAGUAAUCGUCCAGAACUGUAUGAGGAAGUGAAGUUGCAUAGAACCGGCAAAGAAAGAGAGAAAUAUGACAACAUGGCUGACCUGUUUGCUGUGAUCAACACGUUACAAUGUUUAGAAAAAGCCUACAUCAAAGACGCAGUCACUCCUAAAGAAUAUACUGCAGCUUGUUCAAAGUUACUUGUCCAAUAUAAAGCUGCCUUCAAACAAGUUCAAAGUGACGAAAUUCCUACUGUGGAAACUUUUACAAAAAAGAUGAAGCUUGACUGUCCUGCUGCACUUGAAAGAAUAAAAGAAGACCGGCCAAUCACAAUCAAGGAUGACAAAGGAAAUACAAGUAAAUGUAUCGCUGAAAUUGUAUCGUUAUUCAUCACCAUUAUGGACAAGCUACGGCUGGAGAUCAAGGCUAUGGACCAACUGCAUCCAGACAUGAAGGACCUCAUGGAGUCCAUGAACGCACUGAGCAUUCUGCCAGCUGAUUUUGAGGGGAAAGUCAAAGCUGGACAGUGGCUGUCAACCUUGAGUGAAAUGCAGGUGUCCGAUGAACUGGAUGAUUCCCAAGUGAGACAAAUGCUCUUCGAUUUAGAAUCGGCCUACAAUGACUUCAACAGGAUGUUACAUAAUGCAUAAAGAUUGUGGUGCUUUUGAAGACUUUUUAAAAGAGGAAUUGUGCAUUUUCACUAAUUGUAGCUAAUACUGCACAAUUGCUAUUAUUGUAGCUGCAUAGACAACUAUGGAUGAUUCAUUCUCAUUUUCUCACACACUGGCCUAGAGGCAGGAUUGGGAGGUAACUAGGUCACUAUAUCUCAGAGCAGAGCACUAUGGUCCCUGUUCUGAAGGCAGAGCCUGCCAUUGGUUCAUCCCUGUGCACCCUGGGUUUUCUGUGUCUCGGGUUCUGUGUGUUCCCUGCUGUUGGGGAAGGUUGAGGUUAGUGUUUGGGCUUAGCUGUCCUAAAGUAGCCAGUGAAAAUAAUGUCAGGAAUUACCCAGCCUUCCCAGCAUUUUGGUCGAAUAGAACCCGGUAGGCAUAGGACCCAGAACACAUAGAACCAUUUUGAUCUCAGGAGACAUAGAACCCGGGACUUAUGGAAACCCUUUGCUUUGGGGAAACAUAGAGCAUGGAAUGCACAGAACACAAGACACAUAGGACACAGGACACAUAGAACCCAAGACACAUGGAAACCCUUUGCUUUGGGGAAACAUAGAACAUGGGACGCAUUGAACACAGGACACAGAACCCCCUUUGCUUUGGGGAAACAUAGAACAUGGGACGCAUUGAACACAGGACACAGAACCCCUUUGCUUUGGGGAAACAUAGAACAUGGGACGCAUUGAACACAGGACACAGAACCCCCUUUGCUUUGGGGAAACAUAGAACAUGGGACGCAUUGAACACAGGACACAGAACCCCUUUGCUUUGGGGAAACAUAGAACAUGGGACGCAUUGAACACAGGACACAGAACCCCUUUGCUUUGGGGAAACAUAGAACAUGGGACGCAUUGAACACAGGACACAGAACCCCCUUGGCUUUGGGGAAACAGUGAACACAGGAAGCAUCGAACACGGGAGAGAUAGAAUAUGUCCCACUGACCACAUCUCCUACUGCUACCGUGAACAAGUGACAGGCUGCUCUCCGGAGUAUUUGAAUUUAGGUCCAGUUUACUGUUUGGAUGCAGCUUGAUGUAAUUCUCACAAAUAUACAGUAGAACCUCUCUAUUAUGGACACCCUUGGGAAUGACAAAUUACAUUUUUGUGUGCCGUCCUUAAUUUAAUAGGGAGCUGUCCUGAUCACGGAGAUCAAAUUGCAUAGCAAAACUUAUGUUUUGGAUUUGGAUGUAAUUUUUUUCGGUUUUUCAAAUAAAAAAACCUUUUUUUCCUGAUUCUUAUUGCAAAAAUCGUGAUUAUUCGUGAAUAUAUAUGCAAAUGUAAUGCGAAAAUUUGGUGGGUUACAGUAUUUUGCAGUCUUGGGGGUUGUAACCAGCCGAUACACUAUUUAUUCUCCCUUGUAUUAUAAAAUGUUUCAGUGUACAUAGUGUAUUUUCUUGUGAUAAUGCCAUAUUAAAUAAUCUGUACCUAUCUGUGUU